GAGAACAAUGUGAAGCAUGUGAUUUGGCAAGUAGAGAACAAACGUGUUGAACUGAAGUAAAAAUAAUAUCAACAUACCUACCUAUCAAGAUUAAAAUAUAAAAUUGUGCAUUAAGUUUUGUUACACAAUUUUAUUUUCACUGGUGAAAAGUAUCGUUGAGGUAUUAAUCAUUGUUUUUCAUUCGCAAAACUGAACUAUGAUUUUGGAAGAUCAAUUACGCUUGAAAUUAUUAGAAGUUACAAAUGCUGAGGAUUACCGCUUAAUGUUGCGAAAUGAAGAAGAUGCUUUAUAUCCACCAUGGUUUUUCACCUAUGUAGAUAAAGAAGUAACUGCAUUUGCUUGGCCUCAAACUAGGGGUAAUAUGGAGUACCUUUGGCAAAUAGGAAUGCGACAUAUAGUAACUUUGUGCCCAGAAAAAAUACCCAAUAUAAACGAGUCAAAAUUCAACUGGACUUACAUACCUAUCGAAGAAUGUAAUGCUCCUGAUAUUGAACAAAUUUUCAAAUUUAUCAGAACAAUACAGAUGUGCAGAAAACAUAAAUUGGUAGGUGAAGAUCGCGCUCCGCAUUCCUAAAGUGGAUAGCCGUGCAACGAUCUUUCUGAAAUUGGAGAAGCCUGCUUACGAAUUAGGCAAACGGAUUCAAAGAUGAAUAAGAAAGGAAAAGUCAGAAUUUUUAAUCUCAGAAUUCCCGGCAGUGAGCCCUGAUGUUUAGUUUGAGAAUUCCCUCAAAUUGAGACGCACCACACGAACCCCAGGAAGGAAGGGCUUAUCGGAGAUGCGACUUAAUAAGUAAGGGAAGGGUGUACAAAAUGACAUAGUGGGGUAAAAUGACACAGCGCUCGAAUACACACAAAUUUUCGUUCGGAAGCGCUCGGAAACGAAUAUGCUAUUGCGGAAUGGGUAGCAGGUAUGCUCCUUUACAUUUAGUACCGCUUCGUCACUCAGAGUAAGUGCACGUCCGAUUAUAGUAUUUUUAACCGCCAAAAUUUUUUGUCGUGAAACAUUAAAAACUGCUAUAACUUUUUAAUGCGAUAAACUGUUGAGUUGGAAUAUUUAUGUUGAGUUAUGUGAUUGUUGCUUUUAGAAUUGAAUUAUUCAGAUUUGUUAAGCGGGUUCUUGUUUUGGCAAAAAUUGCAUUUGUUUACAUAAGGUUCAUAUGGGGUAAAAUGACAUAGAAUGUGGGAGGGCAAAUUGACAUACUAUGUCAUUUUGACCCAUCAUAAUAAACGUAUUAAAAUAUCCUUUUUGUUAUAGAUAAUGCCAAGAAAUUACGUAAGAAAAUCUAGUAGGCAAUCAUGGGAUCCUGCUUCUAUGUUAAAGGUAAUAGAAGCUGUUAAUAAUGGUGAAAUGGGGUGGCUCAAGGCAUCAAAAACUUACCACAUACCUCAAGCAACUCUAAGGAGACAUGCCUUGCAAAAAAAUAAGACUUUAAAAAAAGGCGAAAAACGACUGGGCAGGUUUAAAACCACAUUUCCUGUAGAAGUAGAACGGCAGUUGGUGGAGCAUUUAAAACUGCUAGAAUCAAGGUUCUUUGGACUCACAAGACAAGACGUACUGGAGUUAGCCUACAAUUUAGCAGUAAAAAAUGGGUUUGAGCACCAGUUUAAUAUUCAGAAAAAGGCUGCAGGAAAAGACUGGUUAAGAGGAUUUCGGAAAAGAAAUCGAGAUAUAACACUGCGUAAACCCGAAGCUACAUCCGCAGCGAGAGCGCAGGCAUUUAAUAAGCCUCAAGUGGCUCAGUUUUUUAAGGUCUUCGACCAGAUCAUGCAAAAAGAAAAUAUCGACCCCAUGAAGAUAUACAAUGCAGAUGAAUCUGCUCUAUCUACAGUGCAGCGCCCGCAGAAAAUAUUUGCUACAGCCGGUCGGAAGCAAGAAGGAGCAAUCACCAGCGCUGAAAGAGGUUCUCAUGUAACAAUUGUUUGCUGCAUGUGCACCGCUGGAAACUUUAUUCCGCCUGCCCUAAUUUUUCCCCGGAAAAAUAUGAAAAAAGAAUUGGCUGACCAUGCACCUGCAGGAACUUUAUGCAUUGCCCAGGAGUCCGGCUGGAUGACUGGCCCAGUGUUUUUACAGUGGCUGCAACAUUUCCAAAAAUAUGUCAACAAGACAUCUCCCACUGAAAAGGUUUUGUUAAUUGUGGAUGGACAUGCAAGUCAUAAAUAUCUCGAUGCCCUUGUGUACGCCAAAGAAAAUGGCAUUGUGCUUUUGUGUCUGCCACCUCAUUGCACACAUCGAAUGCAACCUCUCGAUGUGGCAUUUUUUGGGCCACUCAAGACGUAUUAUGACCAAGCAAUAACCAGAUGGCUCAAAGCUCAUCCUAGACGAGUUGUGACACAAUUUCAAAUUGGUGGUCUGCUAAAUGAAGCGUAUGGAAAAGCGGCUACAGUCCAGAAUGCCACUCAUGGAUUUGCUAAAACAGACAUCUACCCAAUAAACCCUGAUGUGUUCCCUGACUAUAUGUUUCAAGCAUCUGAAACUACAAAUAUUGUAGUCGAUGGUUCUGUCCAACAGGCUACAAAUGGCCUUACCGAUAAUAAUGCUCAACCUGGACCUAGUUCAGAAAAUGCUUCCGCCAUAGAUCCUCCCGUCCAAAAAGCUGCUAAUGUUCUGACUGAUGAUAAUGGUCAACCUGGACCUAGUUCAAAAAAUACUUCCGUCAUAAAACUUCCCCUCAUCAUUCCUACAGCCACUCAGGAAAACUUGCAAAAUUCAACACGUGGGGUUUCAAUUUUGGUUACACCGGCCGAUUUAAGUCCAGUUCCGAUCGGAUCAUUUGUUUCAGGCCAGGGAAAGCGAAAGCCAAGGAAACGUCAGGGAACUUCUGUCUUAAACUCUACCCCAAAUUUGGAAGAGGCCAAAGAAAAAAACAAACCAAAACUGAUAAUUCGAGAAAAAAGAAAAAGGGUGGUAUCAAGAAAAGUCCUUGCAGAGCCUGACGAGUCAGACACAGAAAAAGAGGCUUUUUCUGCCGACGAAGAUGAAGACGAUUGUGCUUGCAUUUAUUGCACAGAAGUGUAUAAAUUUUCCAAACAAGGUGAACUGUGGCUACGUUGCUGUUCCUGUCAAAAGUGGGCACAUGCCGACUGUGCCGGGGUAGACAAAAAAACAAAAAGUUUUGUUUGUGAACUUUGUACAGACUAAAAAUAUAUUAAAAAAUAUUGAUGUGUCAUUUUGCCCUCCAGGUGGGGUAAAAUGAAUUUUUCUUGUUCAUUUUGAUUUUUUUUACUAAAAAUUUGUGUUUUAUUUUAUCGAGGUAAAGACUCGUCUAAGAUGUUGCGAAAGGGUUAUUAUAUGUUUUGUUUAAUAUUCGUUUGAAAAAUGCAGUUUUUUGAUUAAAUUUUUCUAGUUUUAUAAAA